AUGCGCCUUCGCAAAGCCGCCCGCGUCAUCCUCGUCGGCGCCCCCGGAGUAGGCAAAGGCACGCAGUCUGAGCGGCUGCUCUCCCGCUUCCCUCAGUUGUCCGCCAUCUCCUCGGGCGACCUCCUCCGGCACAAUGUCAAGAACCGGACGCCUUUGGGCAUUCAUGUCGAGAAGACAAUGAAGUCGGGCGGCCUCGUCUCGGACGACCUGAUUCUCCGUCUCAUCACCAACGAGCUUGGCCACCGCGGCUGGCUCGCCGGCGUCCAGGAUAACCUCGUCGCCUUCUCGGCGAGCCCCCCUGCCGGCGCGCAACCCAUCGCCAUGGCCGCUGGCGAGCCGCCCGCCACCGGGGGCAUCGACUCGCUCAUGCUGCCCCUCGAUAUCAACCCCAACGCCGGCGCGACUCUGUCCGCGCAAGCUUCCGACGACCCCUCCGCCUCUUUCCUCCUCGACGGCUUCCCUCGCACUGCCGUCCAAGCCAAGAGUCUCGAUAACGUUGUCCCAAUCAACUGGGUGGUGUCAUUAAAGACGCCGUUUGACGUCGUCAUGGAGCGCAUCGCCUCGCGCUGGGUCCACGAGCCUUCCGGCCGCGUCUACAAUACUUCCUUCAACCCGCCAAAGACACCCGGCUAUGACGACAUCACAGGCGACAAGCUGGUCCGGCGUGCUGACGACGACGAGGCGACGUACCGCGCGCGGUUCAAGAAGUUCGAGGAGACGAGCGAGCCGCUUCUCGAGCACUAUGCCAAGAAGGGUGUGCUGUGGGAGGUCAAUGGCAUGAGCAGUGACGAGAUCAGCCCAAAGCUCUUCCGGGAGUUUGAGAGGAGGUUUGCGUGA